AUGGACUACUCCAAAGGCCCUCCACCGCCAUACUCCUUCGCCGGGUCCACCGUCCAAUUCCAACAACAGCCGCAAUUCCAACCGCAACUCCAACCACAGUUCCAACAACCGCAAUACCAACAACCACAAUUCCAACAACAACAACAACAGCAAUACCUACCUCCCCCGCAACCCCUCCCCCAAAUCCCCCGCCAGUUCCCCCCAGCCUUCAACAUGUACCGCGCAAGCGGCCUCGGCAACCGGCACUACACCCUCGGCGAGCACCAGAAGACCCCCGUGUACGCGAUCUCGCUACACUCCGGGCUCUCAGGCCAACCGGACGUCGUGCUGCAUAACGGCCCGCAGUCCUCUCUCCCACCUCUCGCGGCCGCGGAGAAGAGCGCGUGGAGCAGUCGUGGGACCGUGUAUCUCCCCCCGCUGCCCGGCGCGGCGGUCGGGAAGAAGGGCGCGGCGGAGGAGAGGUUUGAGAAUGGCGGCGGUUUGGGACAUAGGACGUUUUCGUUUGCGGUUGAGGUUGGGGGAGGAGGGGGGGUUGGACAGAGGGAGAUGUUUGAGUGGAGGCAUUCGAAGGGGGGUGCGGUUAAGGGGCUUGAUGGACGCAGUGGUGGGUGGAAGCUUGUGAGGUUGGCGAUGGGUCCGCCGGUGGGGGUGGAUGGUGCGGGGUUUGUGCAGGGCGUGGAGAGGGGGAGUGAUGGGCGGGAGGUUGUUGCUGUGUGGGCCGGGGCUAGCGGAAGCCUGUCGAAGAUUUUGAAGUUCCAGUUUCUCGGGUCCGGCGCGAGUGGCUUGCUCGGCGAACGAUGGGCGAUUAUGGCUGUUAUGACGGGGUUGAAGAUUUGGGAUAUCGAAAGGCGCGCGAGGCAAGCUGCUAGUGCGAGUUCUGGCGGUGGUGGAGCUUAG